GUGCAAUGAACGCAUCGAUCGCUCUUCCCACCCUCACCGUGCACUCGCUCGAUCCCUCGCCCACUCAGACACUGGCUAGACGGACGACUCGUGCGCCAUCUCCACUCACUCACUCACUUCCCCUCGUUCGAGAUCAAGAUCACCUCUUACUCGAACACACCCACCUUCGAAUGGGCGCUGCCGCUCGAAUGGAAUGGCGCAAGCAAGGACGGCGGCCCAUAGAACGCAGUCCAGAGCACAAAUGAGCGCUGGAGCAGGAACAGCGACGGGCACGGGCACGGGCACGGGCACCGAUCCCAGACCAUCUCCCUCAUCCUCCGACAACACUUCGCUCGAAGCUUUUCUUCAGUCUCUUGUUCCACCUUUCACCAACUCCAACUCUGGUACAAGUCCUACCGCUCUGCCUUACUCGGCACAACUAACGCUGCUGGAAUCUCACGUGCAGAGAUUGAGGUCCGACUUGGCGCGGGGUGUGGUGGAGAAUGAAGAGAGCAUGAAGAAGGACUUGAAUAGGUUGCAAGCUGUGCUCGAGAAAGUCGACGGGCUCACAUUGAGGGUGCAAAGAGCUUGCGAAGUGAAAGAUCGGGUGAGCGGGUGCCCAAUUGCUUUUGUGGGCUCGCAGCUCAAGCUUGUGCCUGACUCACCCGCUCGAUCACAUCGUCGUGCUCAGGGAGCACCAAGUGCGAUUCAGAGGAAUUACGAACGAGCAAAAGGCGAUCUGGUGCGCAACAGGGCACUGCGCACAGCCCUCUCGACAUUACACAGCGCACGUCAGUCCAUCGAGUCGCUUCGAUCGCUCCUCUCGCAAGGACCUCUCAACGUUCAAGCCUUCGCGCAUGCAUACACGUCAGCGAGUGAAGAGGUGAGCGCGAUAGGGAAUGGAGAGCAGGAAUGGUUGAGCAAGACGACGGCUGCUAGGGCCAUCGCAAGAGACUGGACAGAGCUUGAGGGAGAAAUCGCGCAGGAGUUGAGAGGCGCUUGUGAAGCAUUCUUGAGCGUGAGAGAAGAGGACGCUUGGAUCGUCCUUUGCUCCAAAAGUGCGCGCGCACAUUCCACUUCCAACGAGCCAACGCCAAUCUCGAAUCUUUUCGAGAUUCAAGCGGCAAUCAGUGCCGAGCAAGCUGGCAAAACUCUCGAACGUCUUGCUGCUCGUCUUUUGGACGUCUUGCGGGGACUGCUUCACGUCUCCCUCCUGGAUGAAUCGAGCGACGGGGGUCGGUCGUGUUGGCAAGCAUCCGCUACCUCUGAUUCUUGGAGCGCUCAUCGCAGCCAUGAAGCAGAGACGUCUUCUUCUGCUCCUCAAGCGAUCAGGGGGAAGUGGAGGCCGCUGUGGGUCUGGAAUGGGAAAAGAGCGAGUCUGAGCGCAAUGUGGGCGAGGAACAAGUGGAUGAAGAUGCGUGGGGCUGGGAUGGCGAUGCGGAGGAGGAGAGACGUGCGCACGAAACGAAAGGAGUAGCACAACGCGCCAAAGCCACGCCACGAGCUCGAGACGUGGGCACGAGCAUCAGCACUAGCACGACGAAAAAGAAGACGCUGGGAGGUGUGCGAGUCGUCAGACCUUCGGAUCAGCUCGGCUCUGGACCUCUUCCUCAAGAUUCGCAAGCACCUCUGAAUGUCGCGCAGGAUCAGGAUGCGUGGGGAUUCGA